GAUGGAUUUGAACGUUAUUGCGGCUUUCUCUAAGUGCAAUGUAGAACGUCGCUACCACAGAUCAACGAGAUCGAACGUACUCCUUCAAUGCGCUUCAGAACCAGGGACAUGCGCCCGUCUUCAACGCACACUUGCGGUAGAUCGGCGCCAUAUGAACCCUUCACAUUUCCCAGAACAUCUUGUGGGGACGAAGGCCAAGCCGCGACUGACAAGGGGCUCAUUCCCGACGCUGCAGCUCCAAGGAGCGCCGACCGCGAGUACCGGAAGAAAACGACUGCGCAGUCGUGCCGGGUCUCACAAUGCUCCUGCUAUUUCAGCCUGUGGGGCCUUUUUUUCUGAAGGUGUUGAUGGUCUGUCCUCUUCGCAUGACCAUCUACAUGUUGAAGAAGCAACCAUCACUGUGGUGAAGCAAGAGCCUGAGGAGAUGCUUGAUACUCCAACCAUAGAAAGCUUGUGUUCCGAGGACUACAGUGGAGUGUCCACUACUCCGCUGCACUUGCGGGGAGAGGAAGACAGAGCUUGUGCAGUGAAAGAAGAGGUGGACUCCGUGUCUGUCGCUUCAACCUGCGGGGAUGGCUACCUCGAAGACGCCAUCUGUCUCCACUUUUCCGCCGAAUGCCCGGUAUAAGUCGAGACAGCUUCUCUCAGGGUGAAGGAAGGCAAGUCCUCACAGACGAAUAUUGAAAAACAGCCGAAUUAAAACGUUAGAUUGAGCUAGUUGGUUCACGAUUUUGAUGGUAUUAA